AGAGAGAGAGAGAGAGAAGGAGAAGGAUAGGUUGUAAACCUCCUUUAACGAUUCAUAUUCAGAAGAGGUUCUGGCAAACAGGAUGGAGAGGAUGGAGUCUAUGGAGCCGAUUUCGGCGAAUUAUGCUACGUCGUACCCCGAGAUCCACCCGGACAGCGCGUACGGAUCUACCGCCGAGGACUUCCAGGAGAAGCCUGCGUCCACUCCUUCAUACGACGAGGAGUUGAUGCAUAAGACCAUUCUAGUGGGAGACAGCGGAGUGGGGAAGACCUCUCUGCUGGUGCAGUUCGACCAGGGCAAGUUCAUCCCCGGAUCCUUCUCUGCAACAGUCGGCAUCGGCUUCACAAACAAGGUGGUGACGGUCGACAACAUCAAGGUCAAACUGCAGAUCUGGGACACAGCGGGCCAGGAGCGCUUCAGGAGCGUGACUCACGCGUACUACAGGGACGCUCAAGCUCUACUCCUGCUUUAUGACAUCACCAGCAGAUCAUCCUUCGACAACAUCCGGGCAUGGCUUACAGAGAUCCAUGAGUAUGCACAGACGGAUGUAGUCAUCAUGUUGCUUGGCAACAAGGCCGACAUGGGGAGUGACAGGAUGGUCCGGAGAGAGGAAGGAGAAAAGCUGGCCAGGGAACAUUCCGUCCCUUUCAUGGAAACCAGCGCCAAGACUGGAGUCAACGUGGAGCUGGCAUUCACAGCUGUGGCUAAGGAGCUGAAGCACCGUGUGGUUCAGAGGCCCGACGAGCCCAGGUUCCAGAUCCACGACUACAUCGAGGCCCAGAAGGAGAAAUCCAGCUGCUGCAGCUUCCUCUGAUGCCCUGACCCCUCUGACCUCCAACCCCAUGACCCCUGACCAACCUCACGACCCCCCUGACCCCCAACACUAGCCCCUGACCCUCAACCCCUGCCCCAAGGCUACUCCUGUAGGAAAGGCUACAUAUGAUGAAGAUGAGGGUUCUACGUGUGACGAAGAUGAAGACGUGUCGUGAAGAGUCCCGUUGUACUGCAGACGUGACAUCAGAGACCCACGAGGAGACGUGCGACCAGGGGAGGCAGGCGGGGGCCGAGGUGGUUCCCUGCCAGACUCACAGCUGCAGGGUCUGUCUGUGGCGAGGAGAGAGAAGCGUGACGAGAGAGAGAGAGAGCGUGUUCCCGGAGCCUCCUCCCCUCCCGGCCUGCCUGCGCCGUCUGCUCGAACCCUCUCUCUCCUCAAGACCGCCCUCCCAGACGGUUUUCACCCAAAGCCUUUCGCAGAACAGGGACUGCGUUUGUUGUCGGCGCAGUCGUCUGGGAAGGGGGAUUCAAACCCAGGGCUUUGACGCAACCGUGCUCUCCUCUCAGUGUGGAGGUGCUGUAGGCGUGCUGCACACAGCACAUUUCAAAGUGUUCGUUCGAUCACAUUUCUAAGCGUUCAUCUAACCCGAACCAAAUUUGCUGUGUCGUGUCCUGGGUGCCACCGUGAAGCAACUCUCUUCAACCUUGCCUUAACCAGGAGAGAUCCAAGGUUGAAGAGCUUGUUGGGAUUUGAAAAAAAAAAAAUUCAAGCGCGUCCUGGCCAAGCUAGGCAGCACCCUUCCACCGUUAUCAGACAGCAGAGAAACUCCCCAAGUCAUCCCACAGACAACUAGAUUUACGACAAGUAAUCUAGUAAACCAUAGCACCAGGGGCGUAGGUUUCAUCAGAUGUGUGUGGGGACAUGUCCCACCCACUUUUUGAAAACGGAAACUCCGGUUUGUACACAAACCAACGCCCCCAGAUAGCCCAGCGGUGCAACGAGAACCCAGACACUGCUCUGAAACCUGCCGGAAGACACAGGCCAGCCCCUGGCUGCAUGUUCCUGCUGUCCUGAUAUUACCA